UUUUGACAUUUUUAAUUGCGGGCCUGUACUCGUUAUUCUGCGCAUUUUCAUUCGUCGCGGGAGGGGUAGGCGGGCACGCACUAUUUUUUAGUGCCGGCUUAUUACAGCAGAUGUCUCAUAGCCAUGUCCCAAUAAAGAAUAAGCGGCCCGUCAUUUUUUGCGCGCUUGAAUUUUUAAUAUUCGCCCGAAUGUCGUGACGUACUGACGUCGGCCCGUGCACAGUGUGAUAACAAAACAGUUCGCUUUUCGUAUUUUGGCGGUCUAGUGUGCCUUGGAAGACGCUUCUGACAUCUGUGCAUCGCGACGCACAGUCGCGAAAAUGUCCAUGUGAGGAGGAAAAAAUGGACGCGCCGAAAAAAAACACACUCAGAGACAUAAAUGACCCCGAAUUUUAACAGGUGAAUAGUGAUUACGAUGGUAGAUACACAACACUUCUGUCUGCGGUGGAACAAUUACCAAAGCAGCAUCACAUCGGCUUUCGAGAAUCUCCGGGAUGAUGAAGAUUUUGUCGAUGUUACGUUGGCCUGCGAUGGAAAAAGUCUAAAAGCUCAUCGUGUUGUUUUAUCGGCUUGCAGUCCCUAUUUUCGGGAAUUACUUAAGUCUACUCCUUGCAAACACCCUGUGAUAGUCCUGCAAGAUGUUGCGUGGACGGACUUGCACGCCCUCGUCGAAUUUAUCUACCAUGGCGAAGUCAACGUGCACCAGCGGUCUCUUUCGUCGUUUCUCAAGACGGCUGAAGUGCUCCGGGUCAGCGGGCUCACCCAACAGCACGGCGACGACCGCGAACAGUUGGCGCAAGUACAAAGCCUGGUGCGAUCUCAGCAGUCGACACCGACGUCGAACCACCACCCCAGCUUCACCGAGAAGUUAGUGGAGGACGCCCUCUUCACCUCCCCCUCAUCUCCCCCUCACGGCGCCACCGUCAACCAGCUCCUCCGUCGAGCCGCUUUACAGCACCGCCGCGAGCGUCGGAUAUCCUCCGAUCCGGAGGGCGACCACAAGCGGCCCCGUCCCGACCACAUCAUCGGCAACAACAACAAUAACGAACUGAAUCUAUCGCACACCCAACCGCCCCAAACCCAACCGGCGGACUUCUCCCCAAGCGCGAUGAAAAACAACGCUCUUAAUCUCAAUAUGAACUCCUCGACGACGACGACGCAAAACGAGGCCAACAACGGCAUCACGAGCACUGAACGGGAGAAUUCGCCGUGUUCGCCGUCGCCGACGCUCAAUUCGCGCCUGAACGAGGAGAACGUGAAGAGCGAACCGAUGGAGCUGCUGUGUAGUACAAAUCAGGAAGAGAAUAGUAACGACUCGGGCGAUGUGGCCAACGACAACGGGCCUAAUAAUCUACCUCAAGGGCCGCAUUCUGGGAGUUCGGCUGGGGACCAUGAUGAACACGACAGUCCGAUUGGGCCCUAUCUUACGCCGUCGGAGAGCAAGCUGUUUGCGACGGCAGCGGGAAGCUUCAACUUUAGUAUGGCGGCGCUGGCGGCGGAUCCGACGGGACUUGGAGUUUUGUUUUUUCCAGGUUUAAAUCAAUCUCUGCAGGCGAACGCUGACAGUCUAGCAGGCACUUCACAAGGCUCGGUGCGGAUGCCGCCCCCGACCUCCGGAGGCAUCAACGAGCCCCAGGAGUGCCCCUACUGCCGGCGCACCUUCUCCUGCUACUACUCGCUCAAGCGCCACUUCCAGGACAAGCACGAGCAGUCCGACACGCUCUACGUCUGCGAGUUCUGUCACAGGCGGUACAGAACCAAAAACUCGCUCACGACGCACAAGAGCCUCCAGCACCGGGGCUCCAGCGGGAUGCUCAAACGUCUGCUCAAAACUACGGCCAUCAAGAGUGUGCUGGGGACGCCACAGCAGCCGCGCCUCCAGUGAGCCGCCCCCCAACGACUACCGCUGGCCUAACUCGAACCACAAGUACAAAUCACCCAGAAGUAUGUAUCUUUACAACAGCCAGAGCCACUUAUAGUUUUUAUACUUGAAAAUAUCAUACACAUAUUAUUAUUACCACCUAACUGUCCCUCAUCACCACCUCUACUCCUUCUUCCUGCGACAUAUCCAAGCCAUAUCAGCGGCGACACAGCCAAAUGUCUGCGUCAAUUGUCUCUCACAUACAUGGUUCUGUGUGUGUGUUGUACGUCUGUGUGUGUAUCGUGAUCUGCCCAAAAUAUGCGAGACAUUCCCAGUGUUACUGUGAUUCAGUUACAUUCUCUUUCCCAAACAUAAUCACAACGAUGGCAAGCCGACCAAACACAAACAUUCACCGUUUUUUCAAAAAUACCCUCAUUUCGUAAAAUAUUAAGCCAGAGAACAGCGGUCAACUCGUAACUUUUUUGUAAUUUAAACAAGUAGAUUUUUGUUUUUUCAGUUUUUUUAUUAAAUAUUUACUAUUUCUUCGCUUCAAAUAAUGGGUUUGUUCAGUCACGUGACUUGGAUUUCUUAAAAUAUUAACGAGAAAGCAGUGGUGAAAGUCUUAAAAAGAUCACACUUUUCUUCUUUGCAGUCAUUUUGAUAACUUUAAAGAGCUUGACUUUUGUGGAUGCUUAGAUUUUUUUACAAAUACUUACUAAUUUUUCCAAACCAUAUUGAGAGAGCAGUAGUGAAAGUCUUUCAUUGCUGCCAUUUUGAUAAUUUUAAGGAGGCUCAAGGCAGUAGCACAGUAUCACUUUUGUAAAUUUUUGUAUUUUUAUUUAUUCUUUUAAAUAUUUACCAUUUCUGCAAAUCAAAUUCAAAAAAUUCACCAAAAUUAAGAAAACUGUUAAUUGGUUCGUUGAAGCCAAGAAAAUGAAUACAUUGAAGAAGAUUUUUUUUUCAAUACACAAACAAGUCUCGAUUUCGUACCAAUUUUUGAAAAUAUUUAAAUCUUUUAGGUGUAGAAAAUAGUACUGGAAUAAUUCUUGGUCAAGUCUUGGUUCAACAGAAAAAGUAAAAGGUUAUUUGUUGCUUCGUUAUUUUGGUAAGGAAUUUUAAAGAGAACGGUAGGAGUUUCUAGGCCAUAACUGCUCUGAAUCAAUUUCGAAAAUUAAAAAAAUAUAUUUCUUUAAGCUAAAUUUAAAAAACCGUCUUAUUAUUUAUUAGUUCUUUGCAACCAUUUUUAAAAUAUACUAUUUUCUUUCAUUUUACGUAUUGAUUUUUGUACGUUUUUCAGCAAAAUUUUGUCACACAAGUUCAAAAAUUUUAUUUUCGAAUUUUUGUUCAUACGAAUUUCUCUCAGUAUAAAAUACUUUUAGUCAAAACAAAGAAAUUGUAAUUAAUGUUCGCCAUUUAUUCGCAUCUGAGGUGAAAUCUCGUUCGGUGAGAAGGUCGGCCCUAUAACCGGUUUCUAGUGCCUGAUUUGUCCCAGGAAUGAAUAAUUUGACCAAUAAAAGAUAAAAAUUACCUCCUACCUGUUUAUCUAGCGCACAAAAAAUUGCAAGGUGUUUGCCAUUGGAUAUCGACGGGCUGUCGCACUCCCAGCUACAAAACAGGCCAAUCACAAGCGUUCAGUGAGUAAAAACUGUUGAUUGAUUAUUUUAUAAAUGUCGGCCAAACCAUCGGGAAUUUCACGAUUUUCUAAGGAAGUUUGAAGAUUUUUAUUACACUUGGUUUCAAAAAUGCAACACCUUAGACUGAUGUAAUCGUCUAGAGAUAUAAAUUGUGAAUCGUUUAGAUUUUGAUUUUCGCAAUUAUUUAAAAUAUAAAUACUUUUGAUUUAAAGAAACAAAUAUUUUAAUUAAUGUUUGCCAUUUUUUCGCAUUUAAGGCGAAACAAGGACGCUGAUUUUACAAAAAUUAAAUUAAAGCCAGAUUAAAAAAAAUUGCCACUCAUUGACCAAUGGCAUCCCAAAAAAUCAAUGCAUAGACCAGUCAUUGCUUCUCUGUAGCAAUUCUGGUAAUGAACUUUAAAGAAGUUCGAGUUUUUUUCUACUUUAAUCUUUGUUCCCUCUAUCUAUAAAAAUUGAUAUCUUUUUUCAAAAUAAUAUCAAAAAUUUUGGCUUCAGUGACAUUUUCUGAAAAUAUGAGCCCAGUUUCAAACUUUUCACGUGUGGAAAAUUGCAGCAGUCAUCUUACAUAAAGAAAAAUUUAAAAAAAACAUUUGCUGCUUUUUCAUAGCCAUUUUGAAAAUGAAUGGUUGGUAACUCUGAACACAAAAAGUAAUAGUACAAAGCAUAUCAACAAUCAAAAUCAAUAAUGCCGCCACAUGUUGGCCAAUAGUACCAAUGGGUUCAGUCACGUGACCCAUUUUUCUGGCCAAUCAGACCACAUGCAGCAAGUCGUUGGCCAAUAGUGUCAAUAGGAAUAGUCAUGUGAUGUCUCAGACAAUUGCCGUUGCGGAUCGGUUUUUUCGGGGGAAUCCCAAGUGUGUAAUUUGUAGGGAAAUUUAGCGAAGGAUGAACUUCAGUGCCAGUUUCUGUCCGAAUUAGCCGAGUCGCCAAAUAAUUAGUUAAAAAAAUUUUUGAACAGUAAAUGUUUGUGUGGUCGGUUUCCCGCGCGGCCGUUGGCGGAUUUCCGGUCGCGCGCGCGCUCAAAUGUGAUUACCCGAAAGUGAAUGAUGUAGUGUAUAAAGAAAUCUGCGGCAAAGUUUAAGAAACAAUUCGUGUUGACCUGUAUGUAUUUAUGUUACGAUAAUUUAAACCUUGUGCUAGUUAGUUGGUUGAGACUAGGUACAGGUUAGCCGUGAGUUAUUUCACAAAUUUACAUAUCUUUCCAGGGUUCAAUUGUUGUAAAUAAUGUGCCAAUGAUUGCAUUUGUUUAAUUAUUUUUAACGCUAGUUAUGUAUUAGCUGUGAGAUUGGUUGUAUGCCCCAUUGGAAGUUCACUUAUUUCGCGAAGCGACCACUUUUCCGGUUUCUGUUUCGUUGCUCUGAAAAGUGAGUGAAUUUUGAAUGAUUUCGGUUAAUUUUUGAUCUGAUUAAGGCACGGUUUCGGCAACCGCUUGCAUGUACCAUUUGACUGUAUAUUUAGUGCUGUGACUAAAAGAGAAAUUCGAGACGUUGUCUGAUUAGGUUAAAAUUUUAUUUAUUUUCGUUUGUGAUACGGUCGAACCAAAGACGUUUUGAAAUUUAGUUUCGGAAAAUGUGAAAAGGAAAUAUUUUUUUAAACGUGCCAUUAAAAUUAACGUACAAGACGAUUAGUUUCCGGUUAUUCAAUUUCGUAGUGAUUAGCGUAGAAGUAAGUUGACGAUAUCAAUGGUUUGUUGAAAACAAAGCAUAAAAUUAUUGCAUAUCUAUUCAUGCCAACAAUUAUUGUAAUUGUGCGAAAUUUAAAUUAUAUGAUAUAUUGAUGAAGAUAUAAAUUGAACAGUAUUAAAAUUUGUACCUAAAGGUAGCAGUUUAGAUAUUUUAUAAAAAUUUUAAAGUUUAUCUUUCUAAAUCGAUAUUUGGUCUGUACAAGAAUUAUCGUAGAUUUUGUUACUGAAUGACAAUUGGCGUGAAGUAGACUAGUGUAUGUGGUGUUAAAUUGUACAAUUUAGAAAAAGAAAAACACAAAAAAAUACUGCUAAAGUCAAUCGUUUCGUUUCUUUCAAAGUAUUUUUAUUGUCUCAACGGUUGGCUUUACGAGAAACGGUUUAGAAUUAAUCUGCACUGCCCCAGGAUGUCGGUCAUUAUUUGGUUCCGUUCCCUCAUAAUAUGCAACAAGAUGCCUUGACACAGUACAACAAGAAAAAACUACAAGCGAUGAAAAUUACUGUAAUACCUCAAUACUCAGACAAAAUCCACAGAUGUACUUAUAUUGUAUCGUACUAGGCUAAGAUAACAUGAAUCGUUAGCUUUUAGAUCAUGCUUUAUAAGUUUUCCACUACAUUCUACCAAUUCUCACCCUCUAGACCUCAUAUCACCUACAAUAAAUAUAUCACUUGUUUCACGCAAUCAGAUUAUAUAGUUUUUUAACAAUCAAACGUGAAAAUUGAUAGAAUGUACAGCAGCAGUGUAUAUUUUCCAUUUUUUCUCUUUUAUAAGCGUUUGGUUGGAAGGGUAAUUCAGUUCUUGUAAAUAAUGACGAUGCUUGUGGGAAUUUUAAGUUAGCCGCUACAAAUCAUACGGAUGCUUCCAUGUUAAGUUAGGAACUAUUAUUUUUAUUUAAAUUUUAUCAUUAAGGAUAACUUUUGUUAAUAAACUUAUGAAUAUAUUAUGAUAUGAUUGUUGGUGUAAUAAAAUAAUUAAAAUUGCAAAA